UUCGUUGGUUCACUGUGGUGCGGUCCAGGCCUCCGUAAUUCACGCGAACUCUAAGGAAUUGUUACUGUAUCCUUACCCUAGUACAGUAUGUUGUGAAAACAUCCGAAAGAGACAAAGCAUAUUUAGACAAGGAAUGUGCGACCUGCGAAACUUUCCUCCGCUCAACCGCGACUUUGACAUUCUGGGGCCUCCGAAGGCUCUUUGCGCGCCAGAAUGGACGAGGAGGGAAAGCUCGUCCGAUCUCUGAGAUCUGAGGUUCUCGAGCUCCCUCCGUCUUGUGUCGAAUUUUGCCCCGCGUUCCCGUCGUAUUUCCUGGUUGGAACCUACGAUCUUCAGCGUCAAACUGGCGAGCAGGAAAUCGCAGACGCAGACGCAGACGCCAGUUCAGAAGACGAAGCCGGUCGACCUGCGCAGUUAAAGCAACCCCAGAGCCGCAAUGGCAGCAUCAUAGCCUUUCGGCUUUGUGAUGGGGAUAUCACUCGCAUCCAGACCGUACCUCAGCCCUCAGCCCUCUUGGACCUCCGAUUUAACCCUCAUUCUGGCAACGGCGACAUAUGUGCUGCGGUCUCAAGCACUGCCACUCUUGCCCUGUUCAGGCUCUCGCCCGAGGAGGAACAGCCCCUGAAACACUUAAACACGAUGGACAUUGCCGGAAUGUCACAGGGCGAGAUCAAGCCGUCGGCCGGGCAGGAAAUACUGUUUCUCUCGUUCAGUUGGCACCCAUUGCGGGCAAACGUCUUGGCCCUCACCACCUCGACUGGGAAUGUGCACCUGGUACACCUGCGCUUGUUUGAUGGGAACUGGGCUUUGAACCCGGAGCCUAUCCUAACGCAUACUCUCGAGACCUGGUGUGUUGCCAUCUCCCCCGUUCUCGUUGCCUCGGAGCCGUUAAAUGAGCGGCAGGAGGCAUGUCGGUCGCCUUUCAGAGUGUAUUCUGGAGGCGACGACUCGAUGCUGCGCUUCAAGACAUGCUCUUGGAAUGAGGGGGCUAUGGUUGAGUCUGUGUCCGGUCUCGCGUCAAGAGGACACGAUGCUGGGGUCACCGCAAUCUUACCUCUAGCCCUGCAAGAAGAUGGGAAUGAGCUGGUUGUUACGGGAAGCUAUGAUGAGCAUAUUAGGUUGUUCGAGGUUCCGUCCUCUGGCAAGCCCAAAAGCCUCGCCGAACACAGACUUGGCGGAGGGGUUUGGCGGCUGAAGCUGAUCGACCUGAACACAACUGCUAACCAGAGCUACAUUUGGAGAGCAAGGAUGUUGGCAUCCUGCAUGCAUGCCGGCGUCAGGGUUGUUGAGCUCCUGAAGACGAUGAGCGGCGGCUAUCGAUUCCGUGUCCUGGGACGUUUCGAGGAGCACCAAAGCAUGAAUUAUGGCAGCGACUUCCAGCCUGGGUGGAUGGAAAAGCUGUCCGUUGUGUCGACUAGCUUCUAUGACAAGCUGUUAUGUUUGUGGGAAUUUGAGAUGGUAUAAACCACGGAUCCCCGUGGUGUCUUGCAGUUUCCUGAGCAUCCCACAAUGGGAGCUGCACAGUCUCGGUAAAGAGAUGCCUUAACGCCCGACAAACAAAGUCCUUGACCAAGGCAGUGACGCAAUGUGUUGACUCACCGCCUUCUGUUUGCAUCCAUG